AUGCUCUGCAAUUACAUCCCCUCUCAGUCUGGCCCUACUCAGACCUACAUCAGCCUGAGCAAAGCAAAUAAGCUGCACAAAGCUGCAGCCUUGAAUUGCUUCCGCUGUCCAUCCCAAGUUGCUGGAAAACCCUUCCUGUGUCUUACCUUGCAGGAGUCGGAGCUGGAAAACAAGCUUGAUGGAGGAGAAACUGCAUCGGAUAGUGAGAAUAAAUCGGAGGCCGCCCCUCCCUCUUCGGCCGACGAUACCCCUGAGGUCCUCAACAGAGCACUCUCCCACCUGUCCUCAAGAUGGAAGAACUGGUGGGUGAGGGGCAUCCUGACAUUGGCCAUGAUUGUCUUCUUCUUCAUCAUCAUCUACUUGGGGCCCAUGGUGUUGAUGAUGAUUGUAAGUUCUUGUUGUGUCUGA